AAUACGCGCCCAUGAAAGAACACCCGAUUGAACCCAUUUCUUUAUGAAUAUCCACUCAUCGAACCAAUCUUCAAAACAUGUGAAGCCAUCGAUAUAUCUCCUCACUUCUCUGACUGCCUUUCUCUCUCUGCUCUUUCUUUCUCUGCUGUGAUCUUGUUGAAGCUUUUCAAUGGGGUCGCUCAAGGAAGAUGAUGAUUUAGGCAUGGCAGUGUCAAAAGACAUAAUACUGUACGUUAAUGGCGUUCGACGAGUUUUGGCAGAUGGGUUGGCUCAUCUCACUCUUCUUCAAUAUCUCAGAGGUUUGGCGCUCACAGGUACAAAACUGGGUUGUGGUGAAGGUGGUUGUGGGGCUUGCACUGUGAUGGUUUCUCACUAUGACCCACAUUUGAAAGAGUGCAUGCAUUAUGCAGUCAAUGCAUGUUUAGCUCCACUAUAUUCUGUGGAGGGGAUGCACGUCAUUACAGUAGAGGGCAUUGGGAAUCAUCGUAGUGGUUUACACCUUGUUCAGGAAGCUUUAGCCAAUGCUCAUGGAUCGCAAUGUGGGUUCUGUACACCUGGAUUUGUCAUGUCCAUGUAUGCUUUAUUGAGGUCUAACAAAGGCCUUCCUACUGAAGAACAGAUUGAAGAGUGCUUGUCGGGUAAUUUAUGUCGUUGCACUGGUUACAGACCCAUUAUUGAUGCCUUUCGUGUUUUUGCAAAAAAGGAUGAUGCCUUAUACAGCAUGAGAUCUUCGUCAGAAAGCUUAGGCAGUGACUUUAUCUGCCCUUCAACUGGAAAACCUUGUUCUUGUGGGGAAAAAACUGUUAAUCCACUUGAGAACUGGACAGGAAAAUGCAGAAAUAGUUAUAUGCCAGUUGCACAUAAUGAUAUUGAUGGAAGUUCUUAUUGUGAGAAGGAGCUAAUUUUUCCUCCAGAGCUUUUGCUUAGGAAUUUGGUGCCUUUGAACUUGAAUGGAACUGGUGGAAUGAAAUGGUUUCGACCUCUUAAACUUUGGCAAGUUUUGGAUUUGAAAAUGAGAUAUCCAGAUGCACGAUUAGUGGUCGGAAAUACUGAAAUUGGAGUUGAAAGAAAGUUUAAGAACAUUAUGUAUGAGGUUCUGAUAUCUGUUACCAAAGUGCCUGAGCUUAAUGCUUUUGUUGUGAAGGAUAAUGGGUUGGAGAUUGGUGGAGCGGUAACUUUGUCAAGGCUCUUAAAAUUUCUUCGAAAGCUUGUAAUAGAACGUGAUGCUCAUGAAACAUCAGCUUGCAAAGCAUUUAUUGAACAACUAAAAUGGUUUGCAGGGACUCAGAUAAAGAAUGUUGCUUCCAUUGGGGGAAAUAUAUGUACAGCUAGUCCAAUAUCAGACUUGAACCCUCUUUGGAUGGCUGCUAGAGCACAAUUUAAAGUCAUUGAUGAGAAGGAAAAUAUUAGAACCCUUCCAGCCAUGGAGUUCUUCAAGGGCUAUCGCAAGGUUGACCUGAAAAGAAGUGAAAUUUUGCUAUCAGUGUUCUUACCAUGGACAAGAGACUUUGAGUUUGUGAAAGAAUUCAAGCAGGCCCAUCGGAGGGAGGAUGAUAUUGCACUUGUAAAUUCAGGAAUGAGGGUUUUCCUUGAAGAGAAAGAUGGAAAGUGGGUGGUUUCUGACGCAUCUCUGGUUUAUGGUGGAAUAGCUCCUAUUCCUUUUUCUGCAUCGAAGACUGCUGGUUUCCUUCAAGGAAGAACUUGGGGCCAAGAAAUGUUACAGGGUGCUCUGGAGACAUUGCAGGAAGAAAUAUUUCUUGAGGAUAAUGCUCCAGGGGGUAUGGUGGAAUUUCGAAAGUCUCUCACUCUUAGUUUCUUCUUCAAGUUCUUCUUGUGGGUCACCCAUAGUAUGGAAGGGAAAGGUUCCUUCUUCUUGAAACCACUUCCUCCUUCCCAUCUCUCAGCUGUGGAGCCGCAAAAAUGGGCAUCAUCCACUGGAAUCCAAAACUAUAAAGUCGAUAUCCAUGGAACAGCUGUGGGUCUUCCAGUUCCACAUAUUUCAUCUAAACUUCAGGUUAGCGGGGAGGCAGAAUAUGCUGAUGACACAUUGACUCCUCCAAAUUGCUUAUAUGCUGCUUUGAUACUGAGCAUGAACGCUCAUGCCCGCAUAAUUUCCAUUGAUGAUUCAGGAGCAAGGUCUACACCAGGCUUUGAAGGAUUAUUCCUUGCCAAAGAUGUUCCUGGAGACAAUAAAAUCGGGCCAGUUAUUCAUGAUGAGGAGCUGUUUGCUUCAGAAAUUGUCACUAGUGUGGGUCAGGUUAUUGGGAUUAUUGUGGCAGAUACACAUGAAAAUGCUAUGUUAGCUUCCCGAAAGGUAAAGAUUGAGUAUGAAGAGCUUCCUGCAGUUUUAUCCAUAAGGGAUGCUCUUGAGGUCAGAAGUUUCCAUCCAGGUACAGAGAGGUUUCUUCAAAAAGGAGAUGUAGAGGGCUGCUUUGGUGGUGGCAUCUGUGAUAAAAUUAUUGAAGGUGAGGUGCAAGUAGGAGGCCAAGAGCAUUUCUACUUGGAAACACAAUGCAGUCUAAUAUGGACAGUGGAUGGAGGAAACGAAGUUCACAUGAUAUCCUCGACCCAAGCCCCACAAAAGCACCAAAAAUAUGUUGCUCAUGUUCUCAAUCUUCCCAUGUCUAAAGUUGUUUGCAAGACCAAGCGGAUUGGUGGAGGAUUUGGUGGAAAGGAGACACGCUCAGCUGUCAUAGCUGCAGCUGCUGCUGUACCAUCAUACCUUUUGAAGCGUCCGGUGAAGUUAACUUUGGAUAGAGACGUAGACAUGAUGAUCACCGGCCAGAGACACAGUUUUCUUGGAAAAUAUAAGGUGGGCUGCACAAAUGAAGGAAAGUUGCUGGCUUUGGACCUCGAAAUUUACAACAAUGGAGGGAAUUCUUUAGACCUCUCCCUUGGAAUCCUUGAACGUGCAAUAUUUCACUCAGACAAUGUUUAUGAGAUACCCAAUGUGCGUAUUAGAGGGAGUGUUUGCUUCACUAAUUUCCCAAGCAACACAGCUUUUCGGGGAUUUGGUGGCCCACAGGGCAUGCUUAUUGCUGAGAAUUGGAUUCAGAGAAUUGCUAUGGAACUUCAGAAAAGCCCUCAAGAUAUAAGGGAACUUAAUUUUCAAAAAGAGGGAUCAAUACUCCACUAUGGUCAGCAGCUUGAAAAUUGUACCUUGAGGCAGCUUUGGGAGGAGUUGAAAGCAUCUUGCAACUUUUCUGAUGCUCGAGCAGCAGUGGACCAAUUUAACCUUAAAAACCGUUGGAAGAAGCGUGGAGUUUCAAUGGUUCCUACGAAGUUUGGCAUCGCCUUUACUGCAAAGUUUAUGAAUCAGGCUGGAGCCCUGGUCCAAGUCUACACUGAUGGUACUGUUUUAGUAACACAUGGAGGUGUUGAGAUGGGUCAAGGCCUACACACAAAGGUUGCUCAGAUUGCUGCUUCUGCUUUUGAUAUUCCUCUCAGUUCAGUCUUUAUAUCAGAGACUAGUACAGAUAAGGUCCCAAAUGCAUCACCUACUGCAGCUUCUGCAAGUUCAGAUAUUUAUGGAGCAGCAGUAUUAGAUGCUUGUGAGCAGAUAAAGUCAAGAAUGCUACCUAUUGCACUGAAACAUAAGCAUGAUUGUUUUGCUGAGUUGGCAAAUGCAUGCUACAUGGAAAGAAUUGACCUCUCGGCCCAUGGAUUUUACAUCACUCCUGAUAUCAACUUUGAUUGGUCCACUGCUAAAGGGAGGCCAUUCAAUUACUUUACAUAUGGUGCCGCAUUUGCUGAGGUGGAAAUUGACCCCUUAACUGGAGAUUUCCACACGAGGUCGGCAGAUAUCAUAAUGGAUCUUGGCACUUCCCUUAAUCCAGCUAUUGAUGUUGGUCAGAUUGAGGGGGCCUUCAUUCAGGGUUUGGGUUGGGUUGCCUUGGAAGAGCUGAAAUGGGGUGACCCUGAUCACAAAUGGAUUAGAUCUGGCCACCUCCAAACUCGUGGGCCAGGGGCUUACAAGAUUCCUUCCUUGAAUGAUAUCCCUCAGAAGUUUAAGGUCUCACUUUUGAAGGAUGCACGAAAUAAGAGGGCCAUACAUUCAUCUAAAGCAGUCGGAGAACCGCCUUUUUUCCUAGCAUCCUCUGUAUUUUUUGCCAUUAAAGAUGCUAUCACAGCAGCUCGGAAAGAGUCUGGGCACCAUGGCUGGUUCCCACUAGACAAUCCAGCCACUCCGGAGAGGAUUCGAAUGGCAUGUGCUGAUGAAUUCACAAAACCUUUUGCAAGUGCAAACUAUCAAGCCAAGCUCAGUGUAUGAUGCACGCUACUGAGAAUAACUGAUGGGAAUACCAAGCAAGCCACUACAGUAGAAGUAAUACCCUAAUCCAAUGAGGUAUUGUAUAUAAUACAUCACAUACCCAUGUAGCAUCUGUUACCAUGAUGGAUGGUCAGGGUUUAACUCGGGGAUUGUCUCAGUGGGCCUCAACGAAAUCCCCACUCUCCCUCUUGUCUGGAGUUGUGGCCUGAGCACCUAAGCGCUGAGCCAAGAGCCUCUCUCCCUAUUGUUGAUGUUAAGUGCUUGGAAAUUUGUAUGUAUUUUUCAUGAUUGGAUUCUCACUGGUGGGAUGCUCAUACUUGCAGGUGUGAUUAGAGAUAAUAUCCACUUAACCUCGACUUUUUAACUUGUUUGUACUAAGUUCUAUAUGGAAUGUUGACAUUGAAAGAGCCUGAAUGAUAACUCUCUUAUGGGUAAAUCAAAGAUAAGUUCUUAGAA